AAGCACCUGUGUUGUGAAGCUCAAGUGGUUCAAUUCUGGCGUCUUUCCUGUGCCUAGCUUCUCGCUGCAGAUUCUGCUUUUACUGAGGUUAUCAUGGGCGAAGCCGAGAAGUUCCAUUACAUCUACAGUUGUGACCUAGACAUCAACGUGCAGCUUAAGAUAGGAAGCUUGGAAGGGAAGAGAGAACAAAAGAGUUAUAAAGCUGUCCUAGAAGAUCCGAUGUUAAAAUUUUCGGGGCUAUACCAGGAGACAUGCUCUGAUCUUUAUGUUACUUGUCAAGUUUUUGCAGAAGGGAAGCCUCUGGCCUUGCCAGUGAGAACAUCUUACAAGGCAUUUAGUACAAGAUGGAACUGGAAUGAAUGGCUCAAACUGCCUGUGAAAUACCCUGACCUGCCCAGGAAUGCCCAAGUGGCCCUGACCAUAUGGGAUGUGUAUGGACCAGGGAAAGCAGUGCCUGUAGGAGGAACAACUGUUUCACUCUUUGGAAAAUAUGGCAUGUUUCGCCAAGGGAUGCAUGACUUGAAAGUAUGGCCUAAUGUAGAAGCGGAUGGAUCGGAACCCACAAAAACUCCUGGCAGAACAAGCAGUACUCUCUCAGAAGAUCAGAUGAGCCGUCUUGCCAAGCUCACCAAAGCUCAUCGACAGGGACACAUGGUGAAAGUAGAUUGGCUGGACAGAUUGACAUUUAGAGAAAUAGAAAUGAUAAAUGAGAGUGAAAAACGAAGUUCUAAUUUCAUGUAUUUGAUGGUUGAAUUUCGAUGUGUCAAGUGUGAUGAUAAGGAGUAUGGUAUUGUUUAUUAUGAAAAGGAUGGUGAUGAGUCAUCUCCAAUUUUAACAAGCUUUGAAUUAGUGAAAGUUCCUGACCCUCAGAUGUCUAUGGAGAAUUUAGUUGAAAGCAAACACCACAAGCUUGCCCGGAGUUUAAGAAGUGGACCUUCUGACCAUGAUCUCAAACCCAAUGCUGCCACGAGAGAUCAGCUAAAUAUUAUUGUGAGUUAUCCACCAACCAAACAACUUACAUAUGAAGAACAAGAUCUUGUUUGGAAGUUUAGAUAUUAUCUUACCAAUCAAGAAAAAGCUUUGACAAAAUUCUUGAAAUGUGUUAAUUGGGAUCUACCUCAGGAGGCCAAACAGGCAUUGGAACUUCUGGGAAAAUGGAAGCCAAUGGAUGUAGAAGAUUCCUUGGAACUGUUGUCUUCUCAUUACACCAAUCCUACAGUGAGGCGUUAUGCUGUGGCCCGGCUCCGACAGGCUGAUGAUGAGGAUUUGUUGAUGUACUUACUGCAGCUGGUUCAGGCUCUCAAAUAUGAAAAUUUUGAUGACAUAAAGAAUGGAUUGGAACCUACCAAAAAGGAUAGUCAGGGCUCAGUAUCAGAGAAUUUGUCGAAUUCUGGAAUAAAUUCUGCAGAAAUAGAUAGCUCACAAAUUAUAACCAGCCCUCUUCCUCCAGUGUCUUCCCCUCCUCCUGCAUCUAAAACAAAAGAAGUUUCGGAUGGUGAAAAUCUGGAGCAAGAUCUUUGUACCUUCUUGAUAUCAAGAGCCUGCAAAAACUCAACACUGGCUAAUUAUUUAUACUGGUAUGUCAUAGUUGAAUGUGAAGAUCAAGAUACUCAGCAGAGAGAUCCAAAGACCCAUGAGAUGUACUUGAAUGUAAUGAGAAGAUUCAGCCAAGCAUUAUUAAAGGGGGAUAAGUCUGUCAGAGUUAUGCGUUCUUUGCUGGCUGCACAGCAGACAUUUGUAGAUCGGUUGGUGCAUCUAAUGAAAGCAGUCCAGCGUGAAAGUGGAAAUCGCAAGAAAAAGAAUGAGAGAUUACAGGCAUUGCUUGGAGAUAACGAAAAGAUGAAUUUGUCAGAUGUGGAACUCAUACCUUUGCCUUUAGAACCCCAGGUGAAAAUUAGAGGAAUAAUCCCAGAAACAGCUACACUAUUUAAGAGUGCCCUUAUGCCUGCACAGUUGUUCUUUAAGACAGAAGAUGGAGGCAAAUAUCCCGUUAUAUUUAAGCAUGGAGAUGAUUUACGCCAAGAUCAACUCAUUCUUCAAAUCAUUUCACUUAUGGAUAAGCUGUUACGGAAAGAAAAUCUGGAUUUGAAAUUGACACCUUAUAAGGUAUUAGCCACGAGUACAAAACAUGGUUUCAUGCAGUUUAUCCAGUCAGUUCCUGUUGCUGAAGUUCUUGAUACUGAGGGAAGCAUUCAGAACUUUUUUAGAAAAUAUGCACCAAGUGAGAAUGGACCAAAUGGGAUCAGUGCUGAAGUCAUGGACACUUAUGUUAAAAGCUGUGCUGGAUAUUGUGUGAUUACAUAUAUACUUGGAGUCGGAGACAGGCAUCUGGAUAACCUUUUGUUAACAAAAACAGGUAAACUAUUCCACAUAGACUUUGGUUAUAUUUUGGGUCGAGAUCCAAAGCCUCUUCCUCCUCCAAUGAAACUGAAUAAAGAAAUGGUAGAAGGAAUGGGGGGCACACAGAGUGAGCAGUACCAAGAGUUCCGGAAACAGUGUUACACAGCUUUUCUCCACCUUAGAAGGUAUUCAAAUCUGAUUUUGAACUUGUUUUCUUUGAUGGUUGAUGCAAACAUUCCAGAUAUUGCUCUUGAACCAGAUAAAACUGUGAAAAAGGUUCAGGAUAAAUUUCGUCUAGACCUGUCAGAUGAAGAGGCGGUGCAUUACAUGCAGAGUUUGAUUGAUGAAAGCGUCCAUGCUCUGUUUGCUGCAGUGGUAGAACAAAUUCACAAGUUUGCCCAGUAUUGGAGAAAAUGAAACUGAGUUUGCCCUAUGAAGAUGUAUGACUCAGUAAGAAAACCACAUUAGAAGCAUCCCGUAUAUAAUGAAGACUUCAGAAUAACACAAAAUGAAGAGAGCGCUUCCUAAAUGUUACUCAAUGCCUGAAUUCCGUUUCCUUGAAUGUCACUGCUUAAAUAUGAUCUUAAAGAACUUGUUAAAAUAUUGUAUAUAUUUUUUUCUAAUAUGUGCUUGUUAAUAAGAAGUGAGGACCUUAUUCCAGAAUUAUGUACAUAAUUUGAGAAAUUUCAUGUUGAAAUAGUAAAAAACAUUUUAACCUAUAAGUUUAAAAUGUCAUUUUUUUUCUCAUAUUUUGCACUAGGACAGAGUUAUAUGAAUUAGGAUUAAUUUCUGUUUUUAGAAGUUGUUUAUUUUUUCUUCUUUCUCCUUUUCUCUCUCUUUUAUUUACCUCUCCUGUUCUACCAUUUCUGUUUAUUUGGUUUUCUAUAAUUUGCAUAAAGUUUUAUUUAAAAAAAUUAAAAGUUUUACACAUUAUAGCUCAUUCUUUACCCUUGAAGAACCGAUUGUAGAAAACCUCUAUUUUCAAGGGUGGAGGGGGUGGGAUCCCACCAACUCCCAGUGGUGCUGGUAAUGUGUGGGUUCAAGCAUCGGCCCUGUGUUCUUCAUCCCCUGUCCCUGCUCACCAUUGCUGUAGGCAGUACAAGAAGCUAUGGAAGGCCACCAAGCUGUGUACAAGGAUAAGCUGAGGAGCCAUUUCAGUUCCUGGGGAACGUUGCUGAAGCCUAUAGAUGGGACAGUUAGAGGUGUGGGAAAAAGAAAUUUAUACUUCAAAGUGGUACUCAUUUUCUCUAUUUAUAAAUGUUGUGUUUUGGGGAGCCAUGUUGUCUUUUGUUUCAUUUUUAGAUACAGCUCACAGUUCUAAGUUGUAAUUAUGUAAAGUAGAAUGUGGAAGUAUAGUUAUCUGUAACUGGACAGAAGGUAAUAUGAUGCAGAUUUUCAUAUUGAGAAUAAGAGAUUUUUACACACUCAUGUAAGACAGUGUGAUCUUUCUGCAAUAAAUUCUUUUUUGAUGCAA